CCCAUCACAAACAUGUCAUUGAAAAAGUACUACCAACAAAACAACAAGAAACAAUAAAAAAUAAACAACCCAAAUCGAUAGAAUUUCGAAAUCGUUUCUAAAAAAACAUCUAAUAUAACGAUGACUUCGGCAAGCAGUACGAGCGCAAGGUCUCUAUUUGCGGAUUCAAAAAUGCGUUUGGCCGACCGAGUCCAAGUGAAUGUAAACAACGUGGCGUCGCUGGCGCGUCAGAUAUCACGAGAUUCUAAAAGUAGUGAGUUGCUAAUGCAAUCCGCCCGAAACUUCGUCAUACAAGAACACGCCAUUAGGGACAGUGAGGCUAACCUAAAAAAAUUACAAAGCGUUUGCGUUCAUUUGGGUUAUCAACACGAAUCGAUAUUAAAGUCGUGUCAGAAAAUCGAAGAAGUUAAAGAGCAAGUUAGGGCUAUGCAAAGAUAGUGUUUAGACGAAUUGUGAUUAUAUUUAUUUAUAUUGAGAAAGCGAAAGUUAAAACGCGGUUGGUAGUAUUGGGUGUAAAACAAAAUUUUUAACCUCUCGCUGUCAAUUUUAGUCCUUCUCUAGUCGUGCUAAUUUUUGUUAAACUCGUUAUCGUUUUUAAGUGAUCGCUUCUGAUUGGUGUCGUUAAAUUGCCGUGUGGUUUUGUGAAAUAACUAUGCUGACAUCAUAUCAAGUAAGAGCGAAGAUGUUCCAGCAUGGGUAUAAAGUGUUGAUAACAAAUUUUAAUGUAAUCAAACGACAUCAUCAAGUAAGCACAAAAACUAAAACCAUUCUUCAACCGCGACCGGAUGUAGUUCCAGUUUUUAGGAGGGCAAAUAAUUUUACGGAUAAAGUUGCCCUUCGAGAUACUUUUGGUCAUUACACGUAUGGUAAUCUUUUUAUGGGGGCCAAAGAAUUGUCUAAUGAAAUUUCAGUAAAUAUUGGGACCGGAAAAAAUAGUCAAAAUGUCUUGUUUUUAUGCGGAAACGAUGCGAAUUAUGUUGUUUCGCAAUGGGCUAUAUGGAUGUCGGGACAAAUAGCCAUUCCAUUAAGUCCGUUACACCCACAAAACUUAUUAGAAUAUUACGCUAGCGAUAGUGGGGCAAAACUUAUUGUAACAACGUUGGAAUAUGCCGAUCUCAUGCAAAGAGUGGCAAAUAAUACGAAUACAAAACUUCACGUACUUGAUGAUAAACUAGCAAAAAAUAUCAUGCAGAUGAAUCCGACGAGAAAAGGUGAUAUGGAAGCGGGGCUAUCAUCGGAUUUUUAUAAUAAAAGUAACGCUAUGAUAUUAUAUACGAGUGGGACAACUGGAAAACCAAAAGGUGUUGUGUUAUCCCAUAAGAAUCUCAAUUCCCAAAUAACCGGAUUAAUAGACUCUUGGCGUUGGACCGAAAAAGAUAGUAUCCUCCACACACUUCCCUUACAUCACAUUCAUGGUAUCGUCAACGCGCUUCUCUGCCCACACUAUAUCGGAGCGAAAUGCAUAAUGCUACCGAAAUUCGACGCAAACACGUGCUGGGCAUAUCUUUUGGGGAUAAAUACAAAUUCGGAUGAUCGCAGGAUAUCCGUUUUUAUGGCUGUACCAACGAUUUAUUCGAAACUAAUUAAUGAGUAUCAAAAAGUAUUUAGCGGUGAUCCGAAAAUGGUUGAAUACAUUCAUGGGUAUUUAAAAAAUCGAGUUCGUUUAAUGGUGAGUGGAUCUGCACCGCUUCCGGCAACCGUGCAUAAAAAAUGGUUUGAAAUUAGUGGGCAUAAAUUAUUGGAGAGAUAUGGUAUGACUGAAAUUGGGAUGUGUUUAUCGAAUUUGUAUGAUUCCGAUCGCGAACCUGGUUAUGUUGGAGUUCCUUUACCUGGAGUUUCAGUCAGAUUAGCUUCAAAAAUCGAUGAUGACGAAGACAAUUACAUCACACAUUUAGAAGUAAAAAAUGUUAACGGUAAUAUUUCAACAAAUUUGUUAGAUUGGACGCAACAUGGAGAUCCGAUUGGUGAGCUUCAAGUAAAAGGGGACACCGUUUUUAGAGAGUAUCAUAAUAAAAUAAUUGCCACACAACAAGAAUUUACAAUUGAGGGUUGGUUCAAAACUGGAGAUAUUGCUCAGUACUCCCUAAAAGAAAAGAAAUUUAAAAUGCUUGGUAGACAAUCCGUUGAUAUCAUUAAAUCGGGAGGAUUCAAAAUAAGCGCCUUGGAAGUCGAAACUUAUUUGUUAGAACAUCCCCAAAUAGCGGAAUGCGUUGUUUUAGGGGUUAAAGAUGAAGAUUUCGGGGAACGUUUAUUAGCGGUGAUCGUGUUAAAACCGAAUAUGAAAAAAUUAAAUUUAGAUGAAUUUAAAACUUGGGCGGAAGAAAGAAUGCCAAAAUAUUGCAUUCCAAGGCAAGUUAUGUAUUUACCCGAAUUACCAAGAAAUUCAAUGGGAAAAAUAAAUAAAAAAGAUUUAAAGGAAACUUUAGCUUUAUAAAAAUCAAAUCAAAAAAAAAAAAAAAGAAAAAACGAUAAUCAUGGAGAAAUAUAAGAAGACUGAUUUUUACGUACGUAGUAUGUAAAUAUGUCCAUAACCAACGACUUAAAUUAUAUGUACAUUCGAUUUUUGUUAGUAUCACAUUUUAAGUUUUAAGUCCCGAUAUUAAAAUAAUAAAAAUGUAUGUUUGAA